GUUAUGAAAGCGUUGUGAGACUCUCCGAUGUCCUACAGCUCCACGUUUUUCAAGGAGAUUGUACUUGUUUUUUCUCGAACGUUGAGAAUAGAUACUUAAAUCGAGUUACAGAUUUGUUGUUUUUGGGGCGUUAAUCUGUUGUUUAGUGAGAAUGAGUAUGCGUGCUGCUUUAAACUAAGGCCUGAUACUUAACCUGACAUUAGAUCCAGGUGUGCUGAGAAGGUUCUCAGAUGACAGCUUAACAUCUGUGUUGCUGCAGUGGUUCCUUAACUCAGAAUGCACCCUGACCUUUCACCUCACCUGCACACAGAUGAGUGCAAUGAACUCAUAAGCCUCCUGAGACAGUGCCACAAAGAGCACAAUGUCAUGAAGUUCUUUGGCACAUGUAAUGACGUGGACCGUGCCAUGCGUCACUGUUUGAAGAAAGAGCGAUUGGAAAAAAGAGAGCGCAGCAAGAAGCACGCAGAAGAAAUGAGAAAGAGGAUAAAAGAAGGACCCAAGGAGUUUUAACACAUCCACAAAUAUUGGGACAUAGAAGUGAACAUUAGACUAUGCAAGGCUCCCAUGACUGGUUUCUGUCAACGCAGGUGGUUAUGGUUCUUUGUAAAUUUGAAGUGUGAUUUAUCAUUUCCAGCUCAUCGCAUCAUCAUUUGUUACAAAACUAUCAUUAUGCCAUUGGUUUGGUUGGUGCAAAGCUUCUUUCGGUAAUUACAAAGUAAAUAUUGAAAUCUGCCUUUAGAGAUUCCAAUAUCUCUAAGAAGCAGUUGUAUCUCUCUUUGAUGUUUAAUUGAUCUUAGAAUUCCUUUUUUUUCCCUUUUACUUUAUUUUAAUGUGAUGGUUUCAGUCAUUGUACUUGUUGACCACACCACUCAGGAAUCUCUCUGCGCCUGCUGACAAAGAUGUUUAUUGUUGUGAAAGUUUGUUGAAUGGGAAUUUGUAUUGUUUCCACAUUUGUUUGGGUUUAAAUAAAAAAAAACAAAUUCUCCAUUUCAAAGUUCAAAUUUACAUUAAACAAUUCAGUAAAUAUCACUGAAUUUGUCCCAGCCAUUGCUAUAUAUAUAUUUAUAUUACAUGGUUGCAGCUAUGUAAUAUAUUUAGUGAAAAAACAGUGUUGUGCUGUGUUCUCCCAUACGAGUAAGAUUAACCCCUUACAGCCUGGCAUAAAAAUGUCUGAAAAUUUCAAUUGAGAUGCCUUCAGCAAAACUUAUUUGAUUCUUGCAGAUCUUUAGAUCAAUGACACAUUAGGUUUUUGCAUCCAUGUAAUUAAACAUUUUGUAGACAUUUUAAAACACAUGGCAAGCCUUUUAUUAAAAUAUAUUCCCAAUCUUUUUACA